UUCACCAGUCUGGACUGGUUCACUUUGGACAACUUUAUAAAAAAAAACUGUCUGUAACGUUUUUAAACAGAGCCAUACACAAUUUUAUGGUUGGCUUAACAACAGGAGCCGAAUUCUCAGAGAAAUUGUGAAAUGGAGUGAAGUCCCGUGAAACCUCCGUACAUUCGGAUGUCUCGAAACGAGCCACUUUGACUGGAUCAGUUUUAACAACAGGAAAAGGGUCAAAGUGUUCGUGUAGAAAGGAGUUGGCCUUUUUCCAAACAGACCAUUUGAGUUUUACUGCUACAUUUGUUUCUGUUACUAUCGUCAUGUCUGCCGCACCUAUGUUUGUAUGGACAGGUACAUGUGUAUUCAAUCCACUUUGACCGCAAAUUGCACUUGUCCUCCCCUUGUUUCCUCAGCCCUAUUGUUUCAAGUAACCUGAAAGAAAGAUGCCCUCGUUUAGCACGUUAUUGCCCCCAGUAACUCUGAGCAUGUCUCUUUAUCACUGCUUCCCACUGAUAACAAUAGGCAUUACCCUACAUCCAUGUGACCUGUCGGUGUCAGCAGGUAACGCGCUCUACCUACAUAACUUUAGUAUCAUUCAGACACAGUGGGAGAGAGAGCACGUUGGGACUGCUCCGACACUGGCAGAAUGUCCUCUCUUUUUCGGCUGGCAGCGACGGUUCUUUUAGUGGUGGCUUCUUCCGCAAAGGGCGCGAUUGCUCAGAGCAAUACGAACGAGACGAUCGCCAGGGCGUGGGCUGAGGAAUACAACCAAAGAGCGCAGAUUGUGUUUGCAGAAAGCGUGGAAGCGGAUUGGAACUACAGUACUAACAUAACCGACUAUAACAGAGAUGUUGCACACAACGCCUCCAUCAUGUCUGCAGAGUUUGACAGAGAGGCGGCGGCAAAUGCUUCAUUGUUUGCCUGGGAGAAUUUCACCGAUCCUGAUCUUAGGAGGCAAUUCAGAAAAAUCUCCGAUGUCGGCUCUGCAGCACUCCUUCGCAAGGACAAGGCAAAAUACGAGAGGCUCAUAUCGUUGGUCACCAAGAUGGAGACCACUUAUAGCGAGGGCCAAGUAUGUGACAAAAAGGGCACGUGUUUAGAUUUGGAGCCAGGUCUUACCCGAUUAAUGGCCACCUCGAGAGAUUAUUGGGAACUUCUUGAUGCCUGGAAAGGAUGGCGGGAUGCAACUGGACGAAAGAUUCGAAACGAUUACAAGGAAUUUGUUGAUCUCAGUAACGAGGCCGCUGUUGAAAAUGGGUACCGAGACACAGGGGACUACUGGAGAUCCUGGUACGACACUGCCGACUUCCGGGAUCAACUAGAGCAACUGUAUGAGGAGAUGAAACCGCUCUACCUUAACCUACACGCCUAUGUGAAGAAUAAACUGAAGGCAAAAUAUGGAGAGAGCUUGUUUCCACCGAGUGGACACAUUCCAGCUCACUUAUUAGGGAAUAUGUGGGCCCAAAGUUGGAACAAUAUAUUCGACAUCGUGGAGCCUUUUGCUGGGAAACCUAGCGUUGACGUCACCCCUAAGAUGAAGGAACUGAAUUACACGCCCCGUAGAAUGUUCAACAUUUCUGACGAAUUCUUCACUUCGCUGGGUUUGAAAACAAUGCCGCAGGAGUUUUGGGACCAUUCCAUGCUAGAGAAGCCUACGGAUGGACGUAGGGUUGUGUGUCACGCGUCAGCCUGGGAUUUUUACAACCAAAAAGACUUCAGAAUCAAACAGUGCACAGACGUCACGAUGGAGGAACUGAUCACAGUCCACCAUGAAAUGGGCCAUGUGGAGUAUUAUCUCCAAUACAAGGAUCAGCCAGUUGUGUACAGGAGGGGGGCAAAUCCCGGGUUCCACGAGGCUGUUGGUGACGUAUUGGCUCUCUCCGUAUCCACGCCAACACAUUUGAAUCAGAUUGGACUGCUGGACAACGUUACCAAUGACACUGAGAGUGACAUAAACUAUCUAAUGAGCAUUGCCCUGGACAAAAUUGCCUUUAUUCCUUUUGGAUAUUUGAUGGACCAAUGGCGCUGGGGUGUCUUUGAUGGGUCAAUAAAGUUUGAGGAUUAUAACAAAGAGUGGUGGAAGUUACGGUGCAAAUACCAAGGCGUUUCUCCCCCAAUACACAGGAAUGAAAGCGAUUUUGAUCCUGGUGCCAAGUAUCAUAUACCAGCUAAUACGCCAUAUAUAAGAUAUUUUGUGAGUUAUGUCCUACAGUUCCAGUUCCACGAGGCCCUCUGUAACACAGCCAAUCAGACAGGUCCCUUGCACAUGUGUGACAUCUAUCGAUCUACAGAGGCAGGAGCAAAACUUGGUAACAUGUUAAAACUUGGAUCCAGUAAACCAUGGCCAGAUGCACUGGAGCAAGUUACAGGGACCCGUAACAUGUCCGCUAACGCCAUCUUGCUCUACUUCAAGCCUCUAAUUGAUUGGCUAAAGGUCCAGAAUCAAGGUCAGACCAUAACAUGGUCUGAAGAAUGUCCAAUUGAGUAUUACACGACUACUUCUGCUCCUUCAACCACCACCAAAUUCAAGCCAGCAAAUUCAACUGGAAGGUUGCAUAAUAGUUUCUUUAUAGUAGCCUUUAUAUCUGUAUUGACACGUUACAUUGUACAUCAUUCAGACGCAGUGGGAGAGAGAGCACGUUGGGACUGCUCCAACACUGCCAGAAUGUCUUCUGCUUUUCGGCUGGCAGCGACGGUUCUUUUAGUGGUGGCUUCUUCCGCAAAGGGCGCGAUGGCUCAGAAAAAUAUGAACGAGACGAUCGCCAGGGCGUGGGCUCAGGAAUACAACCAAAGAGCGCAGAUUGUGUUUGCAGAAAAGGUGGAAGCGGAAUGGAACUACAGUACUAACAUAACCGACUAUAACAGAGCUGUUGCUCACAACGCCUCCAUCAUUUCUGCAGAGUUUGACAGAGAGGCUGCGGAAAAUGCUUCGUCGUUUGCCUGGGAGAAUUUCACCGAUCCUGAUCUUAGGAGGCAAUUCAGAAAAAUCUCCGAUGUCGGCUCGGCAACACUCCUUCGCAAGGACAAGGCCAAGUACGAGAGGCUCAUAUCGUUAGUCACCAAUAUGGAGACCACUUAUAGCGAGGGCCAAGUAUGUGACAAAAAUGACACAUGUUUAGAUUUGGAGCCAGGUCUUAUCCGAUUAAUGGCUACCUCGAGAGAUUAUUGGGAACUUCUUGAUGCCUGGAAAGGAUGGCGGGAUGCAACUGGACGAAAGAUUCGAAAUGAUUACAGGGAAUUUGUUGAUCUCAGUAACGAGGCCGCUAUUGAAAAUGGGUACCUAGACACUGGUGACUACUGGAGAUCCUGGUACGACACUGCCGACUUCCGAGAUCAACUAGAGCAACUGUAUGAGGAGAUGAAGCCGCUCUAUCUGAACCUACACGCCUAUGUAAAGAAUAAACUGAAGGCAAAAUAUGGAGAGAGCUUGUUUCCACCGAGUGGACACAUUCCAGCUCACUUAUUAGGGAAUAUGUGGGCCCAAAGUUGGAACAAUAUAUUCGACCUCGUGGAGCCUUUUGCUGGGAAACCUAGCGUUGACGUCACCCCUCAGAUGAAGAAACUGAAUUACACGGCCCGUAAAAUGUUCAACAUGUCUGAGGAAUUCUUCACUUCGCUGGGUUUGAAAGCAAUGCCACAGGAGUUUUGGGAUCAUUCCAUGCUAGAGAAGCCUACGGAUGGACGUAAGGUUGUGUGUCACGCGUCAGCUUGGGUUUUUUACAACCAAAAAGACUUCAGAAUCAAACAGUGCACAGACAUCACGAUGGAUGAUCUGAUCACAGUCCACCAUGAGAUGGGACACGUGCAGUAUGAUCUCCAAUGUAAAGAUCAGCCAGUCGUUUACAGGGGGGGAGCAAAUCCCGGGUUCCAAGAGGCUGUUGGUGAAGUAUUGGCCCUCUCAGUCUCCACGCCCACACAUUUGAAAGAGAUCGGCCUGCUGGACAACGUUACCAAUGAUAAUGAGAGUGACAUAAACUAUCUAAUGAGCAUUGCCUUGGACAAAAUUGCCUAUAUCCCAUUUGGAUAUUUGGUGGACCAAUGGCGCUGGAGUGUCUUUGAUGGUUCGACAAAGUUUGAGGAUUAUAACAAAGAGUGGUGGAAGUUACGGUGCAAAUACCAAGGCGUUUCUCCCCCAAUACACAGAAAGGAUGAUGAUUUUGAUCCUGGUGCCAAGUAUCAUGUUCCAGCUAAUUUCCCAUAUAUAAGAUAUUUUGUGAGUAAUGUCCUACAGUUCCAGUUCCACGAGGCCCUGUGUAGCACAGCCAAUCAGACGGGUCCCUUGCACAUGUGCGACAUCUAUCGAUCUUUAGAAGCAGGAACAAAACUUGGUAACAUGUUAAAACUUGGAUCCAGUAAACCAUGGCCAGAGGCACUGGAGCAAGUUACAGGGACCCGUAACAUGUCCGCUAACGCCAUCUUGCUCUACUUCAAGCCUCUAAUUGAUUGGCUAAAGGUCCAGAAUCAAGGUCAGAACAUAACAUGGUCUGAAGAAUGUCCAACUGAGUUUUACACGACUACUUCUGCUCCUUCAACCGCCAAACCAGCAAAUUCAACUGGAAGGUUGCACAAUGGUUUCUUUAUAGUAGCCUUUAUAUCUGUAUUGGCGCUUUACAUUUUAAGGUGAACACUCAAGCAAAGUACUAAUUGGAGUCGAUUAAGACAGUAGAACAACUGACAGGCCAAUUUACAGUUGAAAUCACUGUACUACAUUUUAAGACAGUAACUGAAAUGAACUGAAAAUCAGACUACAAUUUAUCUUUCCAAUUCUUUGUUCUUAGCAUAUUUAGUCAGGAGCCCCAACUUGUGCUUACAUAUUACACUUAUACUGAAUAUAUCUGAAAAAAACUGAAUUGAAAAGGCUUUAGAGACAUUAUAGAUACACUAUCAC